AAGCGUCCCAUCGUCCCAUGUCCCAUUCACAUUCAACGAUGCAAUAUCGAAUAUAUCGGAUGCGGAGUAAAAAAGACGUAGCCACGUGUCACAAGGCCGAAACAUAUUUUGCUCGCGCGCCGAAUUUAUUCUUCUUUUUUAUCCGAUUCUGACCUCUGAUCUGUGAAGCAUUCGUGAACUUUGCGCGCCAGAAGGGAAGGAGGAUCGUCCGCCUUCAUUGCAAAACAAAGCCGAUUCACAGUUCGAUUCUCGAUCGUGUCAAACAUGGAUCAUCUGAUAGACAAUCUCCAACCACUUUUCACCACCAACGAUUUGGUCCUGUCCACCGAGCCGAGUUCCUCGGACGCGCGCAAUAAUGAAACUCAAAGAGGUGCUGGUAUCUUGGGAACUAUUUUUUUAAUUGUAAAUACUACUCUAGGAGCUGGAUUGUUGAAUUUUCCCCAAGCCUUUGAUAAAGCUGGUGGAGUAGGAACUUCUAUUUUAACACAACUUGGUUUCCUUGUGUUGAUCGUAGCUGCUCUAGUUAUAUUGGCUAGUUGCAGCAAUAGUACAGGCAUGGAUACUAUGCAGGACACAGUUGCUGGAUUAUGUGGAUCCAAAUCGCUUACUCUCUGUGGUAUCUGUGUAGUUGUUUAUAGUUUUGGGUGCUGUUUAACAUUCCUGAUAAUCGUUGGCGAUCAAUUCGAUAGAGUGUUUGCCACUUAUUAUGGUCUUGAUUAUUGUCAUACAUGGUAUCUAUCCAGAUCGUUUGUGACUGCUUUAUCUUGCAGUAUAUUCAUAUUGCCCUUAUGUUUCUUUAAAAGAUUGGACGUUCUGAGUUAUGCGAGCUGUGUUGGUUGCAUAACCAUCAUAUAUGUUGUAUGGUUAAUAAUUUACAAAAGUUUCAACGAGCAUAAUAGCAUUGUACCACCCAUAAAAAUCUGGCCAGACAAUGGAUACGAAGUUCUGCAGAUAGUACCCAUCAUUUGUUUUGCUUAUCAGAGUCAUAUGACAGCGAUACCAACUUAUGCCUGUAUGAAGGAUCGAAGCUUGUACAAGUUCACACUGUGCGCUAUCAUCAGUAUGUUGAUCUGUUUCAGCACGUAUAGUGUCGUCGGUUAUUUCGGCUACGCUACGUUCGGCAACGGUAAUGUUCCGAGCGAUAUCUUGCAAGGCUAUAGCGAUAAAAGUACCGUGGUGACUGUGGCAAUAAUCGCGAUUGCAUUCAAAAAUUUCACCACUUAUCCUAUCGUAUUGUAUUGCGGUCGUGACGCGCUUCUUGGUAUCUUCAAUGUGAAUGUCGAUCGACUCAGUGUCCGUGUAAUCGUUGCAUUGAUUUGGUUUGUUUUGUCAUUGGUUAUCGCCAUUCUGGUACCGGACAUCUCGCCAGUUAUUAAUUUACUGGGAUCGUUAUCUGCGAUGUUUAUCUUUAUACUGCCAGGCGUCUGUCUUUUACAAAAGGUUCUUCUCACAGAUCCAGAAUUGUAUUUAAAUAAGGAUCGUCUAUUGGUCAUUUUCGCAAUCUUGUUAACUGUAAUUGGAGCCUUCGUAAGUGGUGUUAUAUUCAUGGAGGCUCUUGAAGAUAUACAGAAGCCGUUGAUCAAACCACCAUUGGUUACCGGCUUCAGACAACUCAGAGAGAGUCUGUGCGUUUGAUAUUGCACAAUCUAAGAAACAUAGAAAUUAUCAAUGGUAAUCUAUUUAAUAGUGUGCCAUGUUCUCUCACAGAUCUCAUACACAAAACUUAAUUCAAACGAGAAAGCUGAUCUGCAUUUAUGUUUGAUAUAAUCUUUCAUUAAUGUUACAUUAAGAUAAGAAGACUAGUUAAGGUAUCAGAAAAAGACUGAUAUAUGUAUAUACAAUUUUUAUUAGUAAAUUUUUACCUAUGAAUGCAACGCGAAGGUGCGUGAAGAUGAUUGUUUUGAUACGUUUGACGUCUGUCGCCAAAAAGUGCUCAAUUGUAAAUAAUUCCACUAGUGAAUAUAAAUAAAAAAGGAACUCUGAUACUU